CCGAUCCUCAGAAGGAAAUCUCCUCACCCUACCCCCUCAGACCAAACACCAAACCUGGGGGGACAGAGCCUUCUCUGUUGCCGCCCCCACCCUCUGGAAUUCACUCCCCAAAUCCAUCAGAGACUGUACAGACCCCACACCUUCAAAUCUCUCCUAAAAACCCACCUUUUUAAAUUGGCUCUUAAUCUGUAAACUAAAUAUGUCUAAUUUUCUGUUCUAUCCUAUCCCAUCAUAUUCUAUCUCUCCCUGAUCUUUUACAUUGUUUCUGUAUUCUAAUUGUGUUAUUAUUCUAUAUUGUUUUGUAUUUUAAACUGUUAUUAUUUUUAUGUAAGCGUCUUUGAGCACUUUUAAAAGCGCGUUAUAAAUAAAAUAUAUUAUUAUUAUUAUUAUUAAGGUCUUCUGACUCUUUAAAAGUUGACAUGGUGUCUCUAGCUCAAAGUAUUAGGGACAAGAAGAGGUUGAAAGUUGAUGAGUUUUGAAGAGGAUUUGAAGAUUUUCCAAUUUACUUCCAUUCACACUAAUUAGACUGCCACCAGAGUGCCACCUAUUGGCUGAUUUGCACCGAAUUUUGCACAAACCCUCAUCGGGCCAUGGAACACAAUUAGCAGAAGUGUUGUGGUAAUCCGACUGUAUUUGGUCAAGAUAUGAAAGACUGUCUGUUCUGAAAACAAUAUGCAGGAAUUUGUUGUUUUAUAUUUUGGUUUUUUUGACAAACAAAAUUCUUUUAAUAACUUUUUGUCAGGAGGGUCCACAGAUGCUUCAUGCAAAGUUUGGUGCAAAUCAGUCAAAUCGCCUAGGAGGAGUUUGAAAAAGUAGGUUUCUCAUUGUUCCCAAUUUUGCAAAUGGAAAUUUAAUGCAAAAGUGGGUGUGCCUUACAUCACACAAUUCAGCUGAAUUCAGGGAACACUGAGAUAUAAAGUUUCAAAACGUGCAACAUGUUAUAUGUAUUGCAUUGAAAAUAGUGCCACCUGCUGGUCAUUUUUGGUGUGUGAGUUACAGGGGCCAGUCUUUACCACCCCUAUCAAUUUCAUUUCCAUACGUGUUAUGGUGUUGGCACAGUGCCAAAUAUUAAGUUAGACUGCCACCACAGUGCUACCUAGUGGCAGAUCGGUAACUCCUUUUUCAGAUAUCCUCAGGAGGGCAUUGACAAUAAUUGUUCUAAGUUUCAUGUUAAUCCGAGCAACUGAUGUGGAGAUAUAAAAUACUUCAAUUUAAAGAGCGUCACCUUGUGGUCAUCGCCUGAUAUUUUGCACAGAGCCUCAGGGGUUCAUGGGGAACUAGUAAACUGAGUUUCAUGUCAUUCGAACACACCAGUGUGGAGAUAUGCAACACUUGCUGUUUUGUACCAAAUCUGCAGGAAGCAGACUUCAGAAUUCUUUGGAAUAUCAAAAUUCUUUUAUUAACUUUUUGUCAGAAGAGUCCACAGAUGAUGUGUGCAAAGUUUCGUACAAAUCUGUGAAAUUGCCUAGGAGGAGUUUGAAAAAGUAGGUUUGCAGCAUUUUGUGAAUUUGCGGGAAAAAAAUGGAGGUGGAAAUGGGCGUGGCCUAUAUCAUAAGAUUCAGCAUAAUUCACUGAACGCGUGCAUACAAGGUUUUUGAAUGUGCCACAAAGUAUAUGGGAGUUAUGAGCCAAAACGCACUCGAUUAUAAACUCCUUGAUUAUAGCGCCACCUAGUGGUGGAAAUGCGCUGAUUGCACAGACACUUCCGGGUUUGACUUAGUGCUGCUCGACUGUUUCCGGUUCAGCGAUGGCGACGUUCUACACCCGGUGUUUACAGGAGCUGCCGAAGUUAAACAUCACCGAUGUUCAUCGGAUUUGCAGGACUACUCAAACUCCAACCAGCAAAUUAGACAAAGGUUUUAAAUUAUAUGCUGCGUCAUAUAUACACAACUAUGAAGGUAAGAAAACGACUAUUAACUGACUAACUAAAGCUAGCUAAUGUCAAAUGCUAACUGUUAGCUUCCGUUGUACAAGUUUAGCGGUAGCUACUAUAUUAACGUUAUCUAACCCGUCUGUUGGUAACGUUGUGUCCUUUAUCUGUUCCUAAUAUUGCUAUACAAUAUUAUAAUGUGAUUUCUUACCCAACGUUUUAUUUUAGCCAUAGCUAUUUUGAUGUAUUGUGUUAACCAAUCCUAAUGUUGUUUUAGAUACUGUUAUGAGUUUACAAACGUAACUUAACGUUAUGUAGCUACCUGAAGUUACUACCGACGUAUGAAGUAACAUCUGUAAGAUGUGUCUAUGUGAGUAAUACAGAUAUAACGGUAAUGAGAAUUGUAUUUUUUUUUCAUUCAGUGUCCAAUAAAGACAGGCUCUCAGGGCAGGUCAGCGUCAGAGCCCUGUGCUACAGGUCAAUGAGGAAGAGUGAGACACCACACAGUGUCAAGCUUCGCGAUUCAUCACCAGUUGUGGUGACUCACAAACAAUGCUCCUGUGUGGCAGGCACUGUUGUGUGUAGUCAUACAGUAGCAUUGCUGUUUCAAACAGCACAUUACUCCCAGCUCAAGAUUCCAGUUGUGCCCCAUGUGCAUAGCUGCACAGAAUCUGAGCAGCAAUGGCACAAACUGCGAACAAUGGGUGUGAGGCCAGGACCCAUCAAAUCCAUGGUCUUCACUAAGCCAGUACCAAACAGGAUGGUGCAGACUGGAGUGAGGAGUGGAUGCUACAGAGGUAUGGUGGUUCCCUUACCAGAACCCUGCAUGUUCAGAAUUGAGGAGGCAUAUGCAAAAUUCAGCAUUGAGGACAGGCCACUAGUGACCACGAUGAACAUGGGACCUGACAAGCCCCUUGUGGAAAGCGCCUUUGGGCUGGUGCAGAGGGGCAGCAUUCUUUCUUAUCAGAAGCCAGCACUGACAUCCCGGUAUAUCACACUUCACCAUGACGUACCACCAACACCACACUUGCCUCUUGAGGAUUACAACAUCUUGCCAUCUGACUGUGUGUUUGUGUGCUCUGAAGAGGAGCUACUACAUCUCAGCAGCUUGACGAUGGAGAUGGCUCACAAAAUUGAGGAAGCUACACGUGAGCAAAGCUCUUGCUCUGAGUGGUAUCUGCUCCGCCGACCAAGGGUGACUGCCUCUAGGUUUUGAGAGGUGUGUCACGUCAGAGGCCAGAGCUCUGCAGAGUCACUUGCAGAGCGCAUAUUAAAGGGAACAAAGCAGACAGCAGACAUGAGGAAGGGUGCUGAGAUGGAGCCUGCAGUAGCAGCUGAGUACAGUCGGCUAGUGAAUGUUAAUUACGCACCUUGUGGUCUUUUCAUUCACCCAACUACCCUCUGGCUUGCUGCUUCCCCUGAUGGUGUUGUUUUUGACCCCACUGAAUACCCCCAAUUGGACUUGUUGAAUUCAAAUGCCCAAAUGUGCACAACUUUAUUGAGUGCAAGUAUGUGCAGCUGGAACGUGGUUCCCCUCAACUAAAGAAGAGCCAUGCGUACUACUGGCAAGUGCAAGGACAGCUGCUCAUCACAGGGAUGCAGUGGUGCGACUUUGUUGUGUGGGCGCAGGAGGACUACCUUGUGCAACAAAUAUAUGUAGAUCCAGAAGUUCAGAGUGCAAUCAGAGAAAAAGCGGACCAUUUCUUUUUCUACACAUGCAUGCCAAAAUACCUCUGUCUGAAAAAUGAACGAUGAAAACAUGAGCAAAACCAAAGCUGCAUCCUAACUCUCAUACCAUGCACUACAUACAUAUCCAAAAUGUGUCCUAUUGUUCAAUUUACUUUUGUGUUAAUAAAUGGUAUUAAGGAUGCACAAUGAACAUUGUGGCCGUUAAAUUAUUGGCCGAUAAAGGUUUAUCACAGCUAUGUUGGUAUCAUAUCCUUGUAUAUUAGCUGAUAAAUAUCAGUUAUUAAAACAUCUGAUUUAAUGAAACUUAACUGGUCCUUUUUUGUAAUAGUGAUGUCUGUUCAAGUUGGUUUGUUCAGAGAAAUGGAAUAUAACCAUCUGUCUUUGUUCACUACAUCUGGGCCUAUUGUUACGAAAUAUUUCUUUUUAAAAUACAAAUGUGAAAUGAUUAUCUUGUUGGUAUUGGUCAUGAGAAGCACAUUGUUAUCCAUAAUUGUAUUGGAUGAAAAAAAUGUACAUCAUUUAGCUUUAAGUAGUAGCUUUUUAGAAACACUGCUCAGUGUGCAUCACAUUUCUUCCUGAGAGCCUCCUUGCCAGUUGGAGUUGUGUAACUGUGGUACCUAUGCCAGUGACUAAUUUUAAAAAUAUUUAGCUCCUGGAAAUUAUCUGUUAUGUUGUUAUUGUCACUACUACAUUGUAUUGAGGGAUAUUUAUGCCACAUGUUAUGGAUUGGACAUAUUGAAAAUCUCACAUACAGUUUUAGCUUCUGAAUAGCAUGUUGAUGUUGUAUUUCAAACACUUUUUCAGAUUCUUAAAUAAAUACUUGAAUGCCAAAAAUAUGAAGAAAAAAAGAUUUUAUUCAUGGCAAAGACAAUAUUAUGACUUGUUUGUUUUCUUAAAGCACUUCACUUGUGGGGAAUUAAUAAAACAUGUCAUAUUAACAAUGAUAAUAAGUG